AUGAAUCUUUACACACUUGGUAACGGAUUGUUUGGCACUCAUGUCACUUGGGAAGACAUUGAAGAGGAUAUGCAGCGAGAAUUGGACACUCUUGCCAUUUUUGGGCCAAACAAGACGGUAAAGAAUGUUGGCGAUGGUAGAGGCUUUAUGUCCAAGAUUGCUCUUAUUCAACCAGACUGGCAAUAUAAAGAUAAAGAUCUUCCCGAAAAUUUUGUGGUUAAGAUAGUUUCACAGCUGUCCAUGAUAGAGAUUACGGAAGAGAUGUCGAGCAAGAAAAAUACGAAGAACAUUUUCGAUAGUGAACAAAUGAGGAUGGCUAUAGAGCAACAGCAGAAGCGUAUCCACAACACUGAAGUCACCGUAUACAAACACUUAAUGAAACAUCCUGGACGCGUUCCUAUUACGAAGAUCUACUACAUGAAAAAGUUCUCCAAAUACAAUCCCGUCAAAGGUUAUAUCAUUAUGGAAUAUGUCGAAAACAUUAAACCUCUGCAUAUUUACGAGAAUGUGCCACCAAAGUCUCUCAAAAAGGUACUUCGUGCAAAAGCGGCUUUGGAAGCAAUAUCACUAAAUUUUACCGAGGACGAGAAAAACGAGUUUACCCACAGGCCUUUUGCUGAAUUGUUUGGGCCCAUAUUUACCAAAGAAACAGUGGAGACUAUGAUAGAUGGAAUGCGAGGCUUUGGCACAGAGGAAACCACGAAAAAGCUUGAGAAAAUGAAGGAAGUGUUGAUGGAAUUCAUGAACUUCGAAUGGGCAGAUCAACUAGCUGAUGAACUGGGAAUGCAGCGUGUUCUCUGUCAUGGAGAUCUGUGGUCCACCAAUAUGCUCUGGAAGGAAAAUGGAAAUGACGUCAACAUGGCUGCAAUGAUUGACUUCCAGGCAACAAAAAAUCGUUUAUUGGUACUACUGUCAAAAACCGAAAUUCAGACUGCUCACAUGGGUUGCCCAGCCAACGAUCUGAUACGUCUAUUCUCUGCAUGCCUAAGCGGUAAAGACCGACAAGAGCAUUGGGAGCAGCUCGUUGAGGAGUUUUAUGGCUAUCUGGAAGAAGAAGUUGGCGACAAGCCAAUGCCGUAUACUUUGGAACAGUUGAAAGAAGCUUGCCGCAAAUUUAUGCCUCUCGGUACUUUCAUGAUUGUAACGACGAUAGCACCAAUGUAUGAAGCAUUGUAUCACAACCCGGACGAACGACAGAAAAAGAGGAGCAUGGAUCUUGUCACUGAAAAAACCGAGUGCCUUUUGGACGAUCUGCUCAAGUACCACGAACGCAAUAUGCUGACCAAGAAUGGCAAUAGUGUGUAA